AUGGCUGCUGAGAGAGCGAUGGGGCCACUGAUUGACGUGGUGAAAGAGGCGGUGCUGGCAGCAGUGAGAGGGGAGCUGGCUGCACACAAGGAGGAGGUGAAUGAGUUGCGGCACCUGUUGACUGCUGCGGAGGAGCGGAACAAGGCAGCUUCUGUUGCGAUGGAGGAGAGGGAGAGAGAGUUGGCAGAAGCGAGGAGGGAGUUGGCUGAGCACAAGGGUGCUAUGGUUGAGCAACGGGAUGUGGCCGAGAGAAAGAGAGAGAUGAGGGAGAAGCUUGUUGCAGAACUGGCUGCAGUUAAGGGGGAGGUGGGUGAGGUGAAGGGGGAGGUGAGUGAAGUGAAGGGGGAGGUGAGUGAGGUGAAGGGGGAGGUGGGUGAGGUGAAGGGGGAGGUGAGUGAGGUGAAGGGGGAGGUGAGUGAGGUAAAGGGGGAGGUGAGUGAGGUGAAGGGGGAGGUGGGUGAGAUACGGCACGUGCUGACUGUUGUUGCGAAGAGGAAUGAGGUAAUCGCUGCUGUGAUGAAGGAGAGGGAGAGAGAGUUGGCUGAUCUCAAGGGUGCGAUGGUUGAGCAGCGGGAUGUGGCUGAGAGGAGAGACUCGGAUAUGCGAGAGAUGAGGGAGGAGCUUGUUGCAGCACUGGCUGCUGUGAAGGGGGAGGUGGGUGAGGUGAAGGGGGAGGUGAGUGAGGUGAAGGGGGGGGUGAGUGAGGUGAAGGUCGAAUUGACUGCACUGAAGGGGGAGGUGAGUGAGGUGAAGGGGGGGUUGGGUGAAGUAAAGGGGGAGGUGGCUGCGCACAAGCAGUCAACUCCAUUGCAGUUGGAGGAGGCUGAGAGGGGACGAGUGGCGGAGAUGAGAGCGCAUGUGGAGGAGAGGGAGAGGGAACUGGCAGCAGUCAAGAGGGAGUUGGCUGAGCAGAAGGGAGCUGGAAUCAGCCAGAGUGAAGCUGAAAAGAAGAUGGCAUGGGAGGGCAUGCAUCGCUUGCACAGGGCUUGCAUCGCUUGCUCGUUCUUUCUUGUCACGGUGAUCAUCUCUUUCCUUGCCUCGUUUCCCUCUUCACUCGCUUUCACCAAGAAUUUAAGCUCCACUUUAUCCUGA